UCAGUAACGCAGUUCUCAAGCCGAGAUUACGAGUCGAGUACCUGGGAAAAACCAUGGAUUUGCUAUCAAGAUUUGUACUUAUUGCCACCCUGCUGAUGCUGAGUUGGCAGUGGACAAUGGCAGUGCCCACUAUACCAAAUAACCAAAACAGUGGAGGAUCCAGCAGUCAACAGCCUCUACCGGCAGAAUUUCCCCCUGCUGGAAGCAUCUUUAACCUCGAUCCAUCUGUGUGCCCAGAAGGCUAUGUUCGGGGUCCUCGAAAUAGGUGCCGUAAGGAGGCCUAA